AUGACAAUAUUAAAGUUAAUCGAAUUAGAAAACUUUAAAUCAUACAAAGGAAAACAAAUAAUAGGUCCGUUAAAAUCGUUUACAGCAAUAAUUGGUCCCAAUGGUUCAGGGAAAUCGAAUUUAAUGGAUGCUAUCAGUUUUGUUAUGGGCGAAAAAACGACUAGUCUUAGAGUUAAGAGAUUGAGUGAUCUUAUACAUGGAGCAUCAAUUAAUCAGCCUGUUUCUAAACGGCUUCCGUGA